AUUUUCCGUAUUUGAUGCCUUUUGCGUCGGCGGCCAUAACGUUCUUUUCCGUCUUUCGCCAAACGCGAACAACCAUGGGCAAGGAGUCAGAACCCAAGGCGACAGUUCGCACCAGGAAGUUCAUGACCAAUCGGCUCUUGAACAGAAAACAAAUGGUUGUUGAUGUCCUGCAUCCAGGGCGAUCAACUGUCCCCAGGAAUGAGAUCCGAACCAAACUUGCAAAGGUAAGUAGCUUUUAGUUUUAUUAAUAUAGAAGGAUAACAGAAUAACGGAAGGAUCUGUAACUCAUCGUAUACCAUGUAAUAGCAA